ACUAACACCACACGAAUAAGCAUAUAUUAUCAUACGUGAGAUAAUUUCAUAUAAUAAUUUUAACUAAAGGCAACGAAUUGAGGGCUACAAUGUUGGUACACUUUCCUGAAUUUUUCAUUUUAAUGUUGGUUUUUAGAACUAUUGAGGGAAUUUCACUUAACGUAACUGGUUCUUCGUUUACCAAAAACAAAUAUAGUAACUCGCAUGUAAUCUUGGCCUUAGACAAAGUUGGUCCAUUGAUGUGCGUAAAGGAUUGCUCUCUGUACAAGGGGUGCAAUGCUGUGAAUUAUAACAGAAUUCGUUUAGAUUGUGAAUUACUAAGUGUUUCUUUUCCUGGAGACAAUAUAACUGAUAUGGAAGGAUCAUUCUAUACAGAUAUUGUUGGCUGGAAAAUGGAUAAAGACCAAUGCACUCCAAACCCAUGUGAAGUUGGUACAAAAUGUAUUUCCGCCAUGUACAAUAAUCAUAUUUGCCUAUCAUUUGAUGCACCUUGUGACGUUCACCCUUGUCUUCAUAAUGGUUUCUGUAGAAACAUGGUCAAAAGUUACAAAUGUAUUUGUCCACAUGGUUACCAUGGCAAUGAUUGUGAGAAUACACCUUGUGAUGUUCACCCUUGUCUGAAUAAUGGCGUAUGCAGAAACAUGGCUAGUGGUUACAAAUGUAAUUGUCAAGAUGGUCACAAUGGCGAUAAUUGUGAAUACUCAUCGGGAAUAAUUAGUUCUCCGAACUACCCUGGCAAUUAUGAGAAUGACCUAGAGUACACAUAUCUAAUUCGAGAGCAAGUUGGACAAAGAAUCACCCUGACAUUUUCGAGAAUUGAUACAGAAGAAUGCUGUGAUUACGUUCAGGUCUUUGAAGGAUCGACUAUUUCAGAUUCACCGUUACUAGAGCUUUCUGGAUCCAUUAGUAGUAGUCGUACAGUGCAUUCAUCUAGCAAUAACAUGCUUGUGUUGUUUACAUCAGAUAGAAGUGUUACUGGCAGUGGAUUCUAUGCCACAUAUUAUUCUCAUUCAUGACGUAAGAUUCAUCUUAACAUCAUAUUGCUAACAGUUUAAGGAUGUUCACCCAUCUCGUUUUUUGAAUGUUUGUUAUAAUUAUAUUCCGAAUUCUCUGGUAUUAUCCAGGGAGUACUUCAUAAAAAUAUUUUACAUGAUAUCUAAUUUUUUUUCAUAACGUUUUUCAUAUACUUUUAACAACCAUAUUUGAUUGAUUUAUUGAAUGAUUGUUUUGUAAGGCAACUUUCAGCACUAUUGCGUUAUUUCGUGGUUGUAAUUUUUUAUUGGUGGAUAAAGCGGGAAUGACCCUUUUAUGACGUAAGAUUCAUCUUAACAUCAUAUUGCUAACAGUUUAAGGAUGUUCACCCAUCUCAUUUUUAUGGUAAUAAACGUAGAGCCACCUUCAGCGUGGAAAUUGACAAUUAUAGUCGAUAAAGAUUAGAGUCAAACUUAUAUGACGAAUUUGAACUCACAUCCUCAGUAUUGACAGUAUACAAAUACAAUAGUUGGACUAUUAGACCAACUGGCUGCUGAGGUCCUUUCAUGUUUAAAAUCUUAUAAAAUAUUUGUUACUCAAUCACAAUUUUUUAACAAAAGAAUUGUCAAAUGAAUGAUAAAUAUCUGAAAAAUCAAGGGAUAAUUAUUUCAAGCCAAAUUAUCAGUCGACAUGUAUUUAAUCUUUGACUAGUGUCGAUACAAACCGACAUCCUUGAAUCGUCACAGGUUGGAAAGAUUUCGUCUUUCGUGUAUGACGUGUUGUGUUGGUCAAACACACACCACUUUUUUUUUUAUUAAAACUUCGUUCUAUCAAACGAAUACAUACGUGUUGAAUACUUCUAUAUAGCGUUUGUAUACUGUUUCUCAAACUUUUACAUUUGUCAUUCAAUGACUUGUUAUAGAUAAAGGAGCAGUAUGGGCUUUGAUUAUUACUGAAGGCCGUAAAGUGGUCUAAAGUUGUUUUUUUCUGUGUCAGUUUGGACUCAUGUGAAGAGUUGUAUUAUUCUUAUUUUCAUAUUUGUUGUGUUUUAUGAUAUUACAGGCACUGCUGUCAAAAAAUAUAGUAGAAAAACCAAAUUACAA